AAUAAAAACUAGAGAAGAAGGCGUAGCUUAGCCAAUGAGCGACUGCAAACAGCUGAGGAAACAUUACGAAUUUAUGUAUUUACAUUUCGUUAUUUUCGUUAAAUUUCGUUUUCUUACAUUUUACAUCUGGACCUGUCAUGAUUUGGUUCUGUCUCAAUUAAUAAUUGAUGGUACCAACGUUUCUGUUGUUAUAUCCAAGUUCAUUUAGUUUCGUAAGAAGUUUCAGUUAGCCCGAGGUUAGCCUGCUAGCUGCAGCAAAGUGCCUGUUCCUCAGAUGAAGCUCUUUGCGGACUAAAUGUCUGUCAGACGGGCUCUGGUGGACUGUGCCGUGUUGUCUGUGCAAGACGCCUGUGUGUUUUAUCCCUGCUGUAAAGGCUGUUUCUCGAGGAUUGAUGUUGAGCAGCAGGACUCGACGAGAUGCAAAUGCUUCAAGUGUGGAUACAGGUGUCUGAGAGAACGGGUUGAUUACAGAUAUCGUCUUUCACUGAGAGUGGCCCGGGACAGAUGUAUAUUUGGAGUAACUGUAUUUGGAACCUGUUUGAACCCAUUCUUUGGCAUUGAUGCAAGUGGAUUGCAGAGGUUGGUGGAGAACCUUGAGGGACCAGUUGGAGCAUCAACCAGAGCCAAGCUGUUGGUGAAGGCUGUUGAGGACUGUUUCAUUGGCAGACAUUUUAUCUUUGGUAUAAAGGUAACCGGAGCAGAGAGUGGGCUUUGCUUUGGAGAGCCUGCUGCGAAUGGCUCCAGCAGUAAAGACACAGUCCAGUUCAUCGCCAGUCAGAUGAUCCUCCCCAAUGCUGCAGGCCUGAGAGGCUGCACAGUGGUCAGUUAUUAUCGGAUCCUUCUUCAGAGAGCUGCUGAGUAUGAGCAGGGCUCCACCGAUCCCAGCAAAUCCUCCAGACCCCCAGAAACCCUGCUGCUGAUUCCUCAUUGUUCUUCAGGCAGCAGCUUCAGUAAUGCCACAUUUUCUGCCUCAGGUCUUCUUUCCCAGUCACCACAAAGAUCACAGCACCAAGGUAGCAACCUUACUCCAACCCCUCCCUGGCAACAGUCACUAGGACUGAUAACGUCAUCAGCGGAGCAGGAGGAAGACUGCAGUACCCAGGACAGUGGAGGUGAGAACAGCCAGCAGACAGACAACAACAAAACACCACACAAUGUACCGAGAGGCUGCCUAGGGAACCAUAAAGCCACCAUGGACAGUACUCUGUCACCUCUUCUUUCUUUCAAGUGCAAUUCCUAUAAUAGUCCAUCAUUUGCAAAAUACCCACACACAUCUUUUGAGAAAGCUGUCAGAAACACCCCCAUCUUGGACACUUGGUUCAGUCCCUCCCAGCCUCGUCACAAAAAUGAUUUACCAGUCAGCUAUAAGGCCAAGGAGUGUCCUACCAGACGACUCACCAAAACACUUUUGUCGAGCUCCUUGGCUUGGGAGGAUUUGCCUUUCUCUGAGAGUCUUACCGCGUUUUUAUGUGAGGAAAACAAAGAUUCUGACAUUGUUAGUAAAACUGAGCCACAUGUAAAGGUGCAAAAUCAGGAAACGGUGAGGAACAACCUGGAAGCCAGAUCACAAGACAAAUCAAUUCAAUCAACUUCAGUUUGUCAAAGUGACACAGAGUUAACAGAGAGCCACUCAUGGAUGUUACUGGACAUCACUAAUACACCACCACCAAACUGUGGAGGUGAUAGACAUGAUUUAUCUGACUCUGUUGGCUGUGUAAACAAGGGUCGAACCAGAAGCAUUUCUUCCCAUCAGGAGGAUGAUGAAGCUAGUUCACUGUCUUUUGAAGACAAAGAAGAAGAGCAGCUUGAAGGGGAUACCUACAAUUGUUCAGCUGACCUAUUCAGCAGCUCGUUUAUCAUCGAUUCAAACACAAAGAACACUCAUGCAGAAACUGUCAGGAUGACCACAGAGGCUUGCCCGCUGAUUUCCAAUCUGGAAAUACAGUACCUGAGGAGUGAAAAACCCAGUAUCCCACAUUCAACACCAGACAAACAGAAACUGGAAAGUAAUAAAUGCAUCAACAGAGACAGUUUAAUUCCACCAGACACACAAGAUCUUGACUUCAUCCCUCCUGCUCAGUCCACCCCAAUUAUAAAAGUAGCAGAUGUAUCAGAGUCUCCUGCUCCCUUGUACUCCUCCUCACAACCAGACACUCAAGAUGUUUGUGCUUUUUACAGUGAUCUGCCUGAAUUGGACAGUAAAAUGCCAGCCAAAAUCACGUCUUCUCUUUGUAUAAUGAACACUGUCAGUGCUACCAGGCUGCCUCAGUGUGGCAGAGGGUCUACAAAAGAAAACUUACCAUGGAGCAUGACAUCCAGCAGUCACAACCACCGAUUUACACCAAAAAGGAGGUUCUGGAAACCAAACAAGCAUAAAAUCCAUCAGUUGGCUGAGCAGCACCUGAGAGCCCAGAGAGGGGCUCUGAUCCUGGGGUCAACAGUGAGCAUCAACCAGAAAUGUGACUCAAGUGUUUGUGAUGUCACUGUGUGUGAUUAUGAGGACAGUGCAGUAGUUGUUCCUCCUACUCCUGCUGCUAAAACACGAUUGAGUGCUAAGCUCAGAAGACAAAGGCAGACUGAUAACAGCAGAAGUAAUUUUGAUUCUACUUGGGAAACGCAGCAGGAAGAUGGAGUUAAUUGCAAGAGAAAUCUGUUGGAUCAUCAUCCAUCACUGCUCACAUCAUCAAAGAGAGGUCUGGAUGGCUCUGAUGGUUACCUCCCUGAUGAUGAGAACCAGGCAUGUGAUUGGUCUAGAGAUCUGUUCUCCGACUCAGCCUAAGAGGUUUACUGGCAGAUGGACUUAACAAAUUGAUCCAAUAAUUCAAAGAUUGUUUAAUAUAUUUCUGGCUGGCAAACCAAGGUGAUGAUAGACCUACAUAUGUUUUGAAAGAGUAGCACUGCUGCUGGUACUCCAAUUCAGAACGAUCUAAGACGAUGUCACAUAUAUUAAACACUAAGGAUAGGAGAGAAGCUGUUGAAAGGUGGGCCAAGUAAGAAGACAUCUUACUUGCCCCACCCUCUGCUACACAGCACUUUAUCUCUAAACAUCUUUUGAUGUUUAGAGAUAAAACAUUGCUAAAAAGUUCAGAAAAUCAAGCACAAGGCCAUGCAAUAACCAUUGACAAACAUUUACAGUAGAUGUCAGUGCCCGGUCUUGUGGAAGACCUUCCCAGAACACUGAAUGCUCUUACAGGAGCAAAGGUGAUGCAACUCCUUAAUAAUACCUACAUGGCUGUGGAAUGAGAUAUUCAACAAUCAGUACGGUUUUAAUGUUUGGAUGUCCACAUGCUUUUAGAGAGUUAUUUUAAAAGGAAGAAUCUCCUGCACAUGGUUCACUUUUAAACAAGUAAGGCUUUUACUGGAAAUGUUUCAGUAAGUAAAACCUUCAUUUGGACCACAUUGUGCCCAUGGCACAUUAGUAACUCUGUUCUGUUUGCUGAUGCACCCAAAUAGCUGGCAUCAUUGACUCAUAACCUUGUGUGUUCUCAGUUGAAUGUCAUUAAAUUGACAGCAAAUGAUGGAUAUGUGAUAAAUUUAAUGUUGCUGCCACUAUACCAAAGGGCCACUGGAAUUUAAAUUAAAAUUCUUGAGUCAGA